AUGACGUUUGUAUUACCGCGCCCUGGAACAGAAAGUUCUGGUGCUGCCCCACCAACAAUCCAAGCUCCAUCCGAAGAAGCUUUCGUCUCAACCUUUGGUAGCCUCCUACCAAAAGCAUCCUAUCUGCAGACCCCCGUUGGAAAAGCAGCAUACUAUGAGAUUCCACCCUCAUCAGGCUCUUCAGAUCACCAAACACCGGUGUCCCGUGUGUUGUUCGUGCAUGGCGUCCAGACACCCGCAAUUGGGCUCCAACCACUAGCCAGCGCGUUAUCUUCACGCUUCCCGCUAGCCCAUUGUGUACUUGUUGAUCUAUGGGGCCAUGGCCUUACCGAGACACCUGUUGCGGCGCAUGAACCGGCACUAUUCCAUGACUUGUUGUUGGCCUUGAUGGACCAGCUUCAAUGGAAGAAAGCACACAUUGUUGGGUACUCGUUUGGCGGGUCCACUACGGCGACUUUUGCCGCUGAAUAUCCCCAGCGUGUUGAGUCUAUGGUGCUAGUUGCGCCUGCCGGUCUACUGCGUUCCUCGCAGUUCACCGAAUUGGAGAGGAGGUAUCUGCGUGGAGGUGAGGGGCUAGAGGAUCAGGCACGUGCCUGGAUCUUAGAUUUCCUUGAAGGGGGGAAUUGGUUGUUCCUUCGGACUGGAAGGAAAGGGUUGGAAGGGGGGAGGUGGUUGCAGAGGCAGUUCGAGACUGGGAGAUGA